AUGUCCAUCUACCAGAGUCACAUCGCUUCUCUACCGAGAAAGUCCAUGGACUUUGGCCACAUAAUUGUGAUGGAUUCUCUGACUCUCACAUUUAGUCGGCUUCAAGGUCGCACUCACUGGUCCACUGGAACACGGAGGGACGAUGUCAUAACGGCCGGAGAACGUGGACUCUCUGGUGUACGUGCACCUAGAACCUGUGAGGUGACUUCUGGAGAGGCAAGAGAUGGUCUUACCUCGUUUCAUCUUGAGCGCGUAGCCACGACAAUCAAACAACAGGCCGUGGUGUACAUGGUUGUAGGAUAUCUGAUUGCCGAGUUGUUUAAUAUCAGUAUUUCCGUGAAUGCUUCACAUAGGGCCGGUAGUAAAAAGAUCGUUAGCAGGGAUAUACGAUUGGCGAAUUGGUGA